GUCUUGUCAGAGCUGUUGUGUGAAAGGUGUAGUCUUCGUUAUACUUGUCCUUAAAUCGUGCAACUGAGCGUCUCCAUUGGAUUUGAUAUAUCAAAAAAAAAAAAGAAAUUUAUAUGUAAAUACAUACAUACUAACAUAUAGUUCGAAUUGGAAAAAGUAGCUUUGUCAAAAUUGUACAAAGCGCGUGCAAUGGAUUUGAACAGACAUUAAUAAAUAAAUAUAAAUGAAUAAAUUUAUGUGAAAUAAACAAAAACAAAAAAGAAACUCUAUGCAAUAAUCUAAGGCCAUAAUAUAAUAACUAAGUUACAUACAUACACAAAUGUAUGUGCAUAUACUUACAUAUAUAAAUAUAUGCGUAUAAGAGUUUUUAAGAGUGCUUUCAAAGCCGAAAAUCUAAUAGAUUUAAACGGAGGAGCAGCGUAAUAACGAUUUUAUAGUGUUAAAAUCAUUUUACAUAAAUUACAACAACAAAAGAAUCUAUAUAUAUAAUUAAUAUAAACAAAAGGGAACGGCUUCAAAAGCAGAACUUUUUCAAUAGUAUAUACACACACACAUAUAUAUAUAUAUAUAAAGUAUAUAAAAACAUAUAAUGCAUUAGCGCAGAAAAAAAUCGUUAACUUAAAUAACAACAAUACAGGGGCAGUGCAACAACAAAUUAUAAACAAAAAACAAAAACCAAAACAAAGUAGAAAGCAAAAAAAAACAAAAAAUAAAAAUAAAAUAAAAGCAAACUAUAAGAAAAAAACAUUACGACAAGAACUACAACAAGAAAAAAACGAACUUCUUUUGAUUUCUGUUACAUUUCCAUUGCUUUGGUGCGCCCGAAAUUGAAAAGGGAAAUCAAAAAAAUCAAAAAAGCACACAGAAGUACUAACAGCAGGAACACGAGAAACACCGAAGAGAUCGCGCAUAAAUACAUUAGAAGCAGGCAUUAGAUUGAAGCAUAUCUAUGUGCAUAUGACAAACAGAACAUACAUACAAAUCUAUGUAUGCACACAUUUGAACAAAUACAUAGAUACAUGCAGCUAGUGUAUAGCUGAAUACAUACAUACAUAUGUAUACAUACAUAAGAACAUAACAAGAUAAUGCGCACAGUUUUCGUUGGACAACGCAUUGGAGAUUUGGGAAAAUUUAUAAAAAUUAUAAUACAAAAAAUAACAAAAACCAGCAACAACAACGGCAGUAGAUCAGCAUCAAACGACUGAAAUCUUCCAAAGUAUAAGUUAAAGAAAUAAAUAAAUAAUGUAUUUAAAUAAUUCAAAUAAUUAAUACAAAUAUUAUUAAACGAAUACUCGUGGCCCUUGCAAAUAAAAAUAAAUAUAAAUAUAAAUAUAAAAAAAAAAACAUUUCUAGUAUUAAUACAACUCCAAUUGGUAGUCGGUUAGUCAAGCAACGACUGAGUGCAACCCUAAAUGCAAAGUAUACUACAUUGGUAGUUCUAUCCAAAAAAACCAAAAACCAAAAAAACACAAAAUUUUAAGAGAAUAUAACAGUAAAGAGCGACGAAAGAGAUUGAAGUGAAACAAAAAGUUGACGAAUAUACGAAACAACAACAACAAAUCCAUAUAAGAUUUUGGGGAGCGCAAGCAAAACAAAAAUCCCAGCACGACUACACUCAUACAUCCAUAUGUACAUGCAGAGCAAGUAGAAGACAGCGGCCGCAACACAACAAAACAAUAGUCCAAACAUUGUAUAAGGGAAACGGAAAAGACCCCAUACAUACGUUAGUCGGCUCUUCCUUCAGUUCAUAACAGCAGUGGCAGUGACGACAACGAUAGCGACGACGACACGGUUACAACAACAACAACAAACUACUACAGACGCUUACAACUACAGAAACGCACAUUUGUAUGCCUGUGCCAAGAAACUGCGCGAAGUUAAUUGUUGGAGUGGUGGACGUGUGUUCCAUUGAAGGCGAAAUUUUACACGCAUCUUUAAGCACGAGUUUAUGAUGGAACUCCUAUCUGGCAGCUCAUCCACCGUACCGCAACAACAACAACAACAACAACAACAACAACAACAACCACCACCACCACCACCACAAAUGGCAGCCGGUAAUAACCCACCGAGCGGGAGCAACGGUCAAAUGCCAACAAAUGGCACGAGUACAGCUGCCGAACGUUUGCUAGCCGGCAUUUUUGACUCCUUUCCAUCGUGGGAUAUGACAGCCGCUCGCGCACUUCCACCACCAUCAAUGCAGCAGCCACCAAAUAAUGAAAUUUCGCCACCACAAAACGAUUACAUCUUCAAUAACUUCUUUGGUGCCAUGGAGCCGACAAUGGGCGAUUUCAGUGCUAUUGGAAUGCCCCGACCACCUAUAAGUCGGCCCAGAAAGUUUCCAUCUGAGUCAUCGAGCAAUUCUAGUGUCAGUGUGUCUUGCAGUUGGUGUGAGUUUAGCGCUUCAACACGUUGUAUUGAGUGUAACGAGUUUAUGUGCAAUAAAUGUCUGCAUGAACAUCGGACUAGCCCUAUAUUUUGCAAUCACGCAAUCGUUGCAUUGCCCACACCAAUCGGCACCAGCAGCUCCCCGACUAGUGGAGUUUCCAGUGCGACAUUAACAGCAACAUCAGUAACAGCAUCAGCAGCUGCAUCAGCACCACCACCACCACUACCGCUACCACCAUCGCCCAAUUACGUUUGCGAUUUACACAAUGAGAUUUUACGUUACGUUUGCGAUUCAUGUAAAAAAUUAGUCUGUCAGUGUUGCACACUACACGAACACAAGGAACACAAUUACGCAUCCAUAUCGAGUUUCGUCGAUGAAGCCAACGAUAAGGUACAAUCGGCCAUUGAAAGUAGCCGUACGGGCACCAAGUGCAUUAAGAGUAGUAUUGAUAAGGCAUUGACUUUUAUACGUAUGAUCGAACGCAAUUGCAUCGAGUUAAGUGAAACUAUACGAAAGGCCUUCCGACAAUUCAUAAUUGCCAUCGAGGAUCGCGAACGUUUCCUAUUGGAUUUUGUUGAUAAAUUGCGUCAACGUCGCCUGGCCAUACUGCACGAUCAAAUGGCCGGCUUGAAAUCGGCGCUUUCCGGACUUGCUGAAACUUCGGAAAUGUUGCAAAAAAUUUCCGAGAAUAGUGGGCGUAUGGAUCACAUUGAGAUUGCGAUGAAAGUCUCAAACGGUCAACGGCAACUCGAACAAUUCGCCGCCAUAUAUAAAGAUCUACAGCCCAAGCAGGAGCUAUUCGGUUUCGUAUCGCCCGACUAUAGUAUCAUGCAAGAUAUACACAGUCAAGGCGGUAUUGUGCUGGUGGACGAACAAAAUAUGCCAAUAGUAAAUGGUAGUGGUAUACUCGCCGCUGUGGGCGCUGAAAUGGGUGCCGUUAUGUCGGUAGCUAACACUAAUACUAUUCCAGUUGCCAAUGUAACUAUGCCACAGAAUAUACGUCGCCCAUUUAUACGUGAGAAUAGUUUCCGUAGCAUUCCGUCACCGUUGUUGCCAGUACGUGGUGGCAGCGCAUGUGGUAUACAAAGUACCGGACUCGAAUGGGAGCUCAGCGUCUUGCGUGCUUCGCCGAAUUUGCACUUCGGUGCACCGCGCAGUACACAGGCCAUACCCGGUUCUAUUGAACACGUAAAGGCACGUAAUUCGAAUGCACUCUCACUGUCUUUCGCCACCGAGGGCCACGACGAAGGGCAGGUUAGCCGUCCGUGGGGCUUGUGUGUUGAUAAGAUGGGUCAUGUUUUGAUCUCAGACAGACGUAAUAAUCGUGUGCAAGUUUUCAAUCCGGAUGGCUCUUUGAAGUUCAAAUUCGGGCGCAAAGGAGUUGGCAAUGGAGAGUUCGACUUGCCGGCUGGCAUUUGCGUUGACAUUGAUAAUCGUAUUAUUGUUGUCGACAAGGAUAAUCAUCGCGUACAGAUUUUCAAUGCGGCUGGCAUGUAUUUGUUGAAAUUCGGUAGCUAUGGCAAAGAGUACGGACAGUUCCAAUAUCCAUGGGAUGUGGCUGUCAAUUCGCGUCGUCAAAUCGUUGUCACUGAUUCACGCAAUCAUCGUAUACAACAGUUCGAUUCGGAGGGUCGUUUCAUACGACAAAUCGUAUUCGACAAUCACGGUCAGAAUAAGGGCAUUGCCUCGCCACGCGGUGUAUGUUAUACACCGACUGGCAAUAUUAUAGUAUCGGACUUUGACAAUCAUUGUCUAUAUUUGAUCGAUCCAGAUAUUAAUGAGAUAAUAUCAGCUAAAGGUCAUGAGGGCUCGGGCAUUCAAGAAUUUAAUCGUCCUUCGGGUAUUUGCUGUGAUGAUGACGGACGCAUUAUCGUUGCUGAUUCAAAGAAUCAACGUAUAAUAGUCUAUAGCCCUAGCUUGGAUUAUCUCUGGAGUAUUGAGAUACGUCCAUCAAUUAACCCAUUGAUGCCACCAACUCUCGACGAGAAGGAUCGCACAUGCGAUGUUGCACUAAUGCCCGAUGGCCGUAUCGUUUUCCUAAUCGAAUUAUCGCCGGAUUCCAAAGAAGGCACAAAUCCUUAUAAAAGAUUUGUACACGUUUUUUAAUUGUAAUUGAAAAGCAGGAAAUUUUAUUUCUACAAUUGUAUGCAAUGCAUAUCAAUUAACUCAAUUGUACGUAAGACUAUAUACAAUUUUAAAUAUUUUUUUUUUGUUUAUUUUAUACACUUCUUAAUGUUUAGUUUUAUAAAAAAGAUUAACUGUAAUCAAGUGCAUAUGAUUGUGUGUGGUACUUUGGUUAUAACUUUUAAAGAAGACUGACUACCAAAGCGACUAAGACAUGAUGAAAUUAUAAGCACGCCCCCAACUAAUACCAAUCUCGACAGAGUUUUAUGUGAACAAAAAAAAAAAUUCACUUGAUUGUGUUCAUUAGAAUUUAAAAAAAAGCAACAAAAAUUAGUAAAAAUAUUUAGCGAGUAAGUACGCAUAAAAAAGUAUAUUGCAAAUUUAUAAACAUAUUACUACUAAAAGAGUAUAAAUUAUUCAUACAAACAAACAAAUAUAUACAUACAUGUAUAUAUCUAUAUAUACAUAUAUAUACGUAUAUAUAUCUAUAUAUACAUACAUAUGUAUAUAGAUUACUAAAGUUUAGCAAAUUUGCAUGUUGAUAAAUAGAUAUAUGUAUGUAAAUUUAUAAUGAGUAUGUUUGAUGAGAAAGAGACGCAAAUCUAUAUUAUAUUUCAUAAUAUAUCAUAUAACAUGUAUACGUACAUAUGUACAUACAUACUUAAGUGGUUAAUGAGAUUUCAAACUUGUGCCAGCAUACAUAUUAAUAUGAAAAGUUCACUAUACAAAGUACGCAUAAAAAAAUAUUUAUAAAACCCAAAAAAGCAAAAAACACAUCAUUAAAACUUCUUGAGUAACAAGCCAAAACUUAUUGUUCCUCGAUCGAUCCAAAAAAAAAAAUGAAACAAUUAAAAGCAAAUGAUGUGUAGCAAAACGAAAAUUUGAAAAUUAUUACUAUAAUAUUAAAUGAUAAAAAAGAAAAACUUUAGCGCAAAUAUAGUUAUAAUGAAGUACUAUACAAUCUAAGACACACACGCAUAACAUAUACCAUACAUAGUUGUAAGCUAGCGAAUUUCAUGCAUAAAUGAUAACGAUUAACAGUACCUAUUGGCGCGUAGACCAAUAAAAGCGUAACGAACGAAAGCGUAAGAGAAAUACUAAAAAAAAACAAUUUCAAAAAUUAAAAGUAAAAAUAAAAUAUAAUAAUUUGUAAUUGUAUGCGACUGCUGUGUCACACCACCAAAAGUCCUUCCAAGAAAGCGAAAAACUAAAAACAAAACCAGCAUUAAAUGCAAUAAAAUUCCAUUUACGAAUACACCACCCAUUUGCCGUGCGUGUGGACACCGUGUAACAUUUGUUUUACAAAUAAUUGACACACUAAAAACAAAACAAAAGAAAAAACGAAAAGGAAAAACCAUAGGAUUUUAUAUUUGCAAACGCGAAUAUUUUAUUUUUUAUUUUUUAUAUGUAAGCGCGUAUACAUACAAUGUUUUUCUUUGUCACUUUCAAAGCAGUUUCGCAAACACUGAACAAUUUCCACAUGCAAACAAACAAACAAAGAAAUUAAAAACAAAACAAAUGAAAAACUAAUAUGUACGAGUAAUUGUGGUAAAACAUUUAUAAUGUGAUCGGAAGAUCAACAUGUUCUUAGAAAGACUUUAAAUUAGACGGUAACAAAAACAAAACAAAACAAAAAACAACAAUUACAAAUUAAAUAAUAUAGUGAAAUAAAUAUAUACACUUAUAAAAUAAAAUAUUUUUUUGUGAUCUCUGGUAAUAACCAGAUGGAAAGCCACAUUUUGUAAAACACAAAUGAAAAAACAAACUAAGAAGAACAACAACAAAAUAUUUAAACAUACACAAAUAGCAAUAUAAACGUAUAUAAUAUACAUAAAAUGCUGAAAAAAAUUAAAUUAAAGUUUCUUUGUAUGCAAAGCAAAGAAAACAAAACAAAAAUUACACUAAGAAAUACAGUUGCAUAAAAAAUGUUAUUGGCAAACAAGAACAAACGUGUUACACAAACGCCAUUGAAACGAGAUUUUGAGACUGUUGCGUGCAUAUUUGAUAUUUAUUAAGAUUGAAAUGCAUCAAUAAAAAUGCAUAAAAAUUACACAGAGUCGCAAAAGUUUAAAAAGAAAUUGAAAUGCUAAAUUUGGGUAUAAAAAAACUAAACAAAAAAAAAAUAUGAAACAGUAAAUUUAAUUAGUAAAAGUAAGCAGCAGCAGCAAAUAAGACGCGCAUUUAGGUUAUACAUUCACAAUUAAAAAAGAAAUUGAUUUUCUAAAAAGCUAUUUAAAUAAAAGAUUAUAUAAAUAAAGGCGAACAUUCAAAGCAAAAUGAUCUCAAAUUUAAAAUUAUCUGUAGCAAAAAAAUGUUAGUUGGUAAUAUUGUUUUAAAAUAAUUCGAAAAGCAUAAAAUUAAAUUAAAAUGUUAUAAACAAGUAUGCUACGGUAUUUUAAAAUGAUGUGAAAUAUUUAUUUUAAAAUACUUUAAAAUAUUAUUAUGCAGAACUAAAUACUUUAAAAUAAUAUUACCGACUUGCCUGCUAAGUAAAUAAUUAUUUUGCAAUUACAUUCGGUUUAGCUGCUUUAUAAACGCGUACAAACUGAUGACUCUGAUUUCACAAAAAAAUUCCUAUAUUGCUAUUUUUAAGAAUUAAAAAUAUUAAUUUAACAAAGACUGCCAUACAAAUAUAACACA